GUUGCUCCUCCGGCCGCCGCUGCUCCCGCCGCUGCGGCUGCUGCCGGUGAAGUGAGCUCCAGUCCCGUCUGCGCCGCCGCGGGGAGGCCGCCCGGGCCCGGCGAGCCGAAUCGAUGCUGGACCUGGAGGUGGUGCCUGAACGCUCUCUGGGGAAUGAGCAAUGGGAAUUCACGCUGGGAAUGCCUCUGGCUCAGGCAGUAGCCAUUCUUCAGAAGCACUGUCGCAUCAUCAAAAAUGUCCAGGUUCUCUACAGUGAGCAGUCUCCUUUAAGCCACGACCUCAUUCUUAACCUGACUCAGGAUGGGAUCAAACUACUGUUUGAUGCUUUCAAUCAAAGACUUAAGGUGAUUGAAGUAUAUGACUUAACGAAAGUAAAAUUAAAAUAUUGUGGAGUGCAUUUCAAUUCUCAGGCCAUAGCUCCUACCAUUGAGCAGAUUGACCAGUCUUUUGGCGCAACCCAUCCUGGAGUGUACAACUCCGCUGAGCAGCUCUUCCACCUCAACUUCAGAGGACUGUCUUUUUCUUUUCAGUUGGACUCCUGGACUGAGGCUCCCAAGUAUGAGCCCAAUUUUGCCCAUGGUCUAGCUUCUCUCCAAAUACCCCAUGGAGCAACUGUAAAACGAAUGUACAUCUACAGUGGAAACAGCCUACAGGAUACCAAGGCUCCCGUGAUGCCCCUGAGCUGUUUCCUGGGCAAUGUUUAUGCUGAGAGUGUAGAUGUUCUUCGAGAUGGAACUGGACCCUCAGGCUUACGACUUCGUCUACUUGCUGCAGGCUGUGGGCCCGGCCUGUUGGCAGAUGCCAAGAUGCGGGUAUUUGAACGUUCAGUAUAUUUUGGUGAUUCCUGCCAAGAUGUUCUUAGCAUGCUCGGCUCUCCACACAAGGUUUUCUAUAAAUCUGAAGACAAGAUGAAAAUUCAUUCUCCUUCCCCUCAUAAGCAAGUUCCAUCUAAGUGCAAUGACUACUUUUUUAACUAUUUCACUCUCGGAGUGGACAUCCUGUUUGAUGCAAAUACACACAAAGUGAAGAAGUUUGUCCUGCACACCAAUUACCCUGGACAUUAUAAUUUUAACAUCUAUCACCGCUGUGAGUUCAAGAUCCCACUAGCCAUAAAGAAAGAAAAUGCAGAUGAUCAGACAGAAACGUGUACAACCUACAGCAAGUGGGACAACAUCCAGGAGCUCCUGGGUCACCCUGUGGAGAAGCCUGUUGUCCUGCACAGGUCCUCCUCUCCAAACAACACCAACCCAUUUGGCUCCACAUUCUGCUUCGGCCUUCAGCGUAUGAUCUUUGAGGUCAUGCAGAACAACCACAUUGCCUCAGUGACGCUGUAUGGCCCCCCCAGGCCUGGUGCCCACCUGAGAACAGCGGAGCUCCCCUAGGGACGUCAACCCCAUGCCUCUCUGCCCCGUGGAAAUGCGCAUCGCAUCCUGCUCAGCAGGCCUCUGUGUGCCACACUGUGGGUUUUCUUGGCCGCUUUGCCAGUGUUGAAGGGCUGUUGGAUGUUCGGAGGUGGGGCUUGGGCUGGGUGUUCUGCGUGGGGUGAGGAUUCCAGAUUUGCCUCUGUGCGUCCUCAGCCUGCUGGCACCGGCAGGGGACACAGACUGCAAAGAGAAGCACAAACUUUGAGCCUUGAUACCUGGACCCAGGAGCUCUUGACUAAUGCGCAAGGAGGCAGGAUGUGUCAACACCUGUCCCACACGCAUUGGGAGAACUUGGGGCUCUUUCUGUGGCUGAGGACAGGGUCCUGCCUUUGGCCCCACAUUGCCACGUGACCCGUAAGGCAGGCAGGUGUGUGUGUCCAUUGUACUCGGUUGCAACGUUUGCACUACAUCCACUUUAGUUACUUGAUGAGCUGGCUAUGGCCAAAGUGGCCCACCCCCCUUCCCUGUUCCUUUCUUGCACGCUCUCCCUGCCAGGCCCAGUAGGCACAGCCAACUGGUUGAAACACAGCUUUCUACUGCCUAGCUCUGUGCCCAGGCCUGGCUCUCACUCUUGAGCCAGCUCUCAAGGUCGCCUAUGCCUCCAGUCUGCCCCAGCCCGGCUGGCAGGGGUGCAUGUCUCCAUCCUGUUUGCCUCUUUUAUUUAAUGCCAAAGUUUUAGCCAAAGACAUCUUCCUUCUGUUGUCUCAGCAUUCUGCUCUGCACUGCGGGCCGGCCCCUGCCCCAACAGUGGGCACUGUCCCCUAGCCAGGCCCAGGGCUCACGGGCUCUGGGCGCCCAAGGCAGGCUGGGCCGCUCGGUCUCAUCACGGAUCUUGCUAACAGAAAGCAGCAUAGAUGUGCUUUAAAAAUAUUAAUCCUUUUGAAAAGAAUUGAGAAGAGAAAUGUAUAAUUUUAUCCCAUUUUUAAUAUUUUGGUCUAGCAACUUGUGAUACAUAGAUGACAAUUUUGUGAGUUUUUCAAAUGUGUGUACAGAUUUUUUGUAAAUAUGACUUUUGUAAUUAACUCAUGUACAGCCUCAUCCUGUAUAGUUCAAUGAAGAAUGUGCAGGGGACCUGCCCCAAGCUCCUAGGUGGUUCCUUGGCCUACAGCCAAGCUUGUGUGGCGCUCCCAUGACUGGUGUCUUCCCAUUUGGACUGUGGCCUGGCCAGUGAUCCCUGCAUACCCCACUGUCAGGAGCAGCCAGGACUGUUCCCGUCCUCCUGGAGUGGGGACCCUUCCUCAUCCCUGCAUCCCCUCUCCAAUAAAGCACCUGUGCUCUCAGCAGCGG